AUGAGAGCUUUCAUAACUGCUGUGAGCAUGGCGCCGCGCGGUACCUUCUACGCACUAUGUGCACUAUUAGCUCUAACUGUACCCUUUGUAACGUGUGACUGCCCACCAGAACGAGAAGAAGCUACGCAUAAUGAAGCCAAACUCCACAAGGAUUUGCUCUGCGCGUAUAAUUACGACUUCCGGCCAGUGAAGGAUCACAAACAAGCUCUUACAGUGAAAGUAAGAUUCGCAAUAAAAUAUCUUAGCUUCGAUUCUUUAGAAGAAACGUUUACUUUGCAUAGCUGGGUGGCUAUGAUGUGGAAAGACGAAUUUUUAUCUUGGAGACCUGAAGAUUAUGGUGAUAUAAAAGAAACUCAAAUGGAGAGUCAUGAAAUCUGGACGCCGAGAAUGGCGUUGUUCAACGCCGAUGCCUCUAUGUACCAGUCCGACCAGAUCUAUACGACUUGUAUGGUGUCGAAUGAGGGCGUUGUGACAUGCGUGCCUCAUAUCGCUCACUCCGGGAUCUGCCGCACGUCGUUACGUAGCUGGCCUUACGAUGUACAAAACUGCACACUUUACUUUGGAUCAUGGAUGAACACUGGGGAACAAGUCAACUUCACCUUUUACAAUAAACAACCCAUAGUAAAGGAUGAUUAUCAGGAUGGUCCAGGCUGGAAACUACUGAACGUGGUAAACGAACGUUUACCAGGAAAGUAUAGCUGUUGUCCGAAUAGCACGUAUCCGAUGCUAAAAUAUACUUUCGUACUGAAGAGGAUAGCUGCGGGACCAGCCGCUAUCGUGGUGGUGCCUUCCAUUGUGAUAGUACUGCUGACUCUGGUGGCGCUUGCAAUGGACGCCAAAGACAACACUCGGCUCAUGUUGAUUUGCUUCAGUCUGUACGGACAUUUCAUGUUUCUUACAGAAAUCGGUUAUGAUAUUCCCAAGCACAGUGCGGACACACCGAUCAUAUUACUGUUCCUUCGCGAUUCGAUGAUAGUGACACUGGUUGGGAUCAUUGAAACCAUAUUUUUAAUGUAUUUGAGGCGACGAAAGGUACCAGCACCUAGUUUUAUAGUGUCAGUGAACCGGUUGGUGGCCAAUGGUCCAGGCAAGUAUGUUAUUUUCACAGAAUUUGACCCAAGUGAGAUGGAUACAAAAGAACUGGCCGGCAACAGCUCUGAUAUAACGUCUGACAAGCCGCCUGUCACAUUCGACUGGGUACAAUUUGCUAUUAUAUUGAACAGAAUUAAUUUCAUGGUAAUCGUCCUCGUUUAUAUUAUACUAGUUGGCACCUACAUUCCACACGACGACUAA